AAAGGUAGCCAGCGUUGCCAACUACUCCAAGCUGCCUUUCUGAAGCCUGACAGCGGUGAGUCGCCUGGCCGUGCUGCUUCUUCCUCCCUUAACUGGAACCAUGCUGUCCUUCGCUCUCAGACAACUCACACGGCCUCUGUGCCAGCGAGCCCCCGUCCGUCUCUGUGUGCGUGGCCAGCAGUCCCACGCCGCCACAUACUCAGUGGAUGAAGAGCGUCCGUGGACGGGCCAGGAGAGCCUGGCUCAGGACGACCCCGAGAUGUGGGACCUGCUGCUGAAGGAGAAGGACCGGCAGUGCCGCGGCCUGGAGCUCAUUGCAUCUGAGAAUUUCUGCAGUCGAGCAGCUCUGGAAGCUCAGGGCUCCUGUCUGAACAACAAAUACUCUGAGGGCUACCCAGGGAAAAGAUACUAUGGUGGAGCAGAAGUGGUGGACCAGAUUGAGCUGCUGUGUCAGAAACGAGCCUUGGAGGCCUUUGACCUGGACCCAGCUCUGUGGGGGGUCAACGUCCAGCCGUACUCCGGCUCCCCCGCUAACUUUGCUGUUUACACCGCCGUGCUCAAGCCCCACGACCGCAUCAUGGGCCUGGACCUGCCCGACGGAGGACAUCUCACCCAUGGCUACAUGUCUGAUGUGAAGAGGAUCUCAGCCACCUCUAUCUAUUUUGAGUCCAUGCCUUACAAGCUAAACACUGCAACAGGACUCAUAGACUACGACCAGCUGGAGAUGACGGCCAAGCUGUUCCGGCCCAAGCUCAUCAUCGCUGGCACCAGCGCCUAUGCCCGCCUCAUUGACUACGCCCGCAUCAAGAAGCUGUGUACCGACAUUAAGGCCUACAUGCUGGCUGACAUGGCCCACAUCAGCGGCCUGGUGGCAGCCAAAGCCAUCCCCUCUCCGUUUGACCACGCUGACCUGGUCACAUCCACCACACACAAAUCCCUCCGCGGGGCCAGGGCUGGCCUCAUCUUCUACCGUAAGGGCGUUCGCUCGGUGGACAAGAAGGGGAAGGAGAUCGUGUACGACCUUGAGGACAGGGUCAACUUCUCUGUGUUCCCCUCGCUGCAGGGCGGCCCUCAUAACCACGCCAUCGCUGGUGUGGCUGUGGCUCUCAGACAGACAAUGUCUCCCAUGUUCAAGGAGUAUAUCGGCCAGGUUAUAGUGAACUCCAAGGCUAUGGCUACAGCUCUGCUCAGCAAAGGCUACACCCUGGUAUCAGAUGGGACUGAUAACCACCUUGUCCUGGUUGAUCUGCGGCCUAAGGGCAUUGAUGGAGCGCGGGCCGAGCGCGUGCUGGAGCUGGUGUCCAUCACAGCCAAUAAGAACACCUGCCCCGGGGACAAGAGCGCGCUGAGUCCUGGGGGCCUCAGGCUGGGUACUCCAGCCCUGACAUCCAGACAGUUCAAAGAAGCUGACUUUGUGCAAGUUGUUGAGUUCAUGGAUGAAGGCUUCAAGAUUGCCUUGGACGUCAAGAAGAAGACAGGAAAGCUCCUGGACUUCAAGAACUUUCUUCUCCAGGACUCUGAGACCGUGGCUCGCAUUGCCAACCUGCGCCACCGCGUUGAAGCUUUUGCCAGGCCCUUCCCCAUGCCAGGCUUCCACGACCAUUAGACCAACCGACGUAGAGUCUGAGCGGCCAUGACAGCCGGGUGACAGAGGAGUGUAUAAGGAGAGGGAAACAAAUGUCAAUUGUGGUGGGUGCCUGUGAAUCAGGAGGACUCCCUUUCUUCCAAUCACAUUUGGAAAGGUUUUUUAUAUUUCUUUAUCGCAGUAAUCUAUCAAUCUGUUCUUGUAAAAAGGUCGCCUCCAUGUCGAGGUCAAGAUAAAAAUCAAAUUUGACCGAUUUUUGUAGAGCCGAAGAACCUAUUUUCUAUUGUAUGUGUAAAGAUCCAUCUCAGAUGUCUUCACUCUUUCUUUCUUUUUAUGUGGAAAAACAAAACAACAACUCUGUUGCUUGAUUGGCGACUAAUUUGUUAUUAAAAUAAGCGUCACUGAGAGGUCUUAAUGCUGUAAGAGUCUUAACUAAUGUCACGUAUGUAGAUUAUUAUAUUCACAUUGAGAUAUGUGCAUGAUGCUUUCUUUAGUGUUUGUGACACCAGGUACACAACGAGGCUUUGCAAGAAGUGUUCUGCCAUAUCAUUUAGUCAAAUGUUAACUGCUGUAUUUUUUUGUAAUUACAGAUAAACUACCAGAUGAAAUAAUAACAUAAAUGUCAACCUGAAUUAUUUUAUACUUUCAUUUGUGUGUGUUUACAGAGAGUAUAUACUUUUCUAUGAAUUAUUUUCAAAGAAUUAACAAAGUAACAUCCAGAAGAUAUAUGUGAAGGUUUCCAAUACCAGCUGAUUAGUUGUACUAGAAGAAAGACUAUUUAUAGUGCAGUCUGCCUGUUUUAAGUGGCAUACAUUUUAUUUCACCACGGUUUUCAAUGAUUGAAACUAUGAAGCAGCUUGAUUUAAAAAAAAUAAAAGUUUAUUUCUGCUUCACAGAUUGGAAUUGUUGUCAUUAUCACUGUGAUGAAGCAAGAUUUCUGUUUGUGAAAUGAUCGUACAGCACAAUCAAGAGAAGGCUUUUUGAAAUGGAGUGGUUACUUGGUUACUUUCUCACUUUGCACAAAACACAGCUUCCAAAGUGAACCGAAUCCUAUGAAUUAUCCACAACACAAGUUUUUGACAGCCCAAUGGAGUAGAUUUUUGCCAAAAUACACCAAUAAGUAUUUUACUACAAUGUUCAUAAACCUGCUGUUUGUACCAUCUCUGACGUGACGGCAAUCUUUGUACGUCAAAAGUUUGAACUAGCUUUCCUUUAAGAACUUUUUUUUAAACAUUUAGUAUUAUCCAUCUCCUAAUAAAAUCCAAUAAUGCAAACACAA